AUGAAAGAUUUGCUGGAUUAUUCGUUCUCUAUGGAGGACCUUUCUGUUCUUGAGACGGAGUUUCACGGGAACUCGAGUGGGGACACCGAGUUAGUGGAUUUUGAUGAAUUUUUGAACAUUGGUGAUGGGUUACAGCUCAUGACACCUCCAGAUGUGGUUACCAAUUCGAAAGAGCAUAGUGUCACUGGUGACAACAGCGAGCCCAGAGGGAAUGCCCUAAAAAACUAUCAGAUAGAACAGAAACAUGCAGGUAAAAUUAAUGAGAACAGCGAGGAAAAUAUUGAUCUGUCGACAUUUUUAAGCCUUCGAUCCAAGAAUCUACAAAUGAAGAGAAGUAAGUCUGCCCAGUCGGUACUACAAAGAUCUAGAAGUCGUAGCUAUGGCCCCUCGACCUUACAAACUCCACCAUCUUCUUCUUCUUCCAUGAACUAUAGUGCAACUAAGGUGAAGAGAAAUCCGUUUUACUCUCCUUCUGGAAAGGUGUUGAAACUAAUAGAAAAGGAGAAAAAGAAACAGCAAGUCUCACAGGAGUCCGAGAAAUAA